AUGGGCCCGGAUGAAGACCAGCGAAAAUGGACAAUGGUUGGAAUUAGUGUGCGAAGAAGCAAGAUGGAGAAGAUACAAAGUGAUCUAGAAGAGAAGUUCAAUCUUCUUCCGAGAAAUAAUUGUGGUUCAAAAGUGAUUUUGCAAUUUGAAGUUAAUAUUAGUGCUGCGAGUGCUGAAUUUUUUAAGGUUAUCGAUAUAGGCGAAGACAGUCAAGUACCAGAAGAUUUCACUAAUCAGGAAAUAAUAUCUGGUAUAUGGUGGCGUCAUUUAGUCGCAGGUGGAGUGGCUGGUUGUAUGUCUCGAUCGUGUACAGCUCCAUUCGACAGACUCAAAGUUUUUAUGCAGGUUCAUUCUUCUAGAACAAACAAUUUGGGUUUGUUGUCAUGUCUACGAUUGUUGCAUGCAGAAGGGGGUGUGAAGUCGUUUUGGAGAGGGAAUGGUAUCAAUGUUGUUAAAAUUGCUCCAGAAUCUGCAAUCAAAUUCAUGGCAUAUGAGCAGGUGAUUUUAUUGUAA